GACUUUCGAACGGUUCACGAGGUGAACAAAUUUUUAGGCACUGUCGGUGGACUAUCGCGAUAGAACAACGAUGACCGAUCACAGAGUAUGUCUGGUACUUGUUCUGUCCGUCGGUCUGUCGACGCUAUUAGGCCACGUAGCCGGCUCUAAGGUGCUGCAAAUCCGUGGUAUACCCACGACGAAAAGUUCGUUGUACUCGCCGGAUCGGGAUUUUCAGUGUCUCGACGGAAGCCUGUUGAUACCGUUUACGCGGGUCAACGAUGAUUAUUGCGACUGUGCUGACGGUAGCGACGAACCGGGUACGCCCGCCUGUACCAACGGCUCUUUUUAUUGCGAGAACUUUGGGUACAAGGCUCGCUAUAUACCCUCCACCUGGGUGAACGAUGGCAUCUGUGACUGUUGCGACGCCAGCGAUGAAUACGGUUCAAGUAAGGAGUGUUCAAACAAUUGCAACGAACUUGGCAAAGAAGCUAGGCUAGAGCAACAAAAAGCACAGGAGUUAAUCAGAGAAGGGAACAAAAUAAGGUCGGAGAUGAUUGCCAAGGGCAAGCAGUUGAAAAACGAUUACCGAGCACGUCUAGUGAAGGUUAGAGCUGACUAUGAGGAAGCGUUGCUAGUGAAGAAGGAAAAGGAACUGCUAAAGACUCAGGCAGAGGAACGAGAAACUGCUGCUUUAGAAAAGUAUAAACCAACUGAACUUGAACAGCCUCCUGCAGAAGAAGGAGAAGAAGAAGAAGAAUUACACGAGUCAGAAGUAGAGGAUUACUUUAAACUAUUGGACUCCGAUGGAAGUGGCACUGUAACGAUUAUGGAACUGAAAACUAGAGUAACAUUUGAUAAGGAUAGAGAUGGAGUUGUAACAGAAGAAGAAGCCAUGUAUUUCUUGAAUAACCAGAAGGAGGUCAAUCUUCAAGAGUUCAUAGAUUCAGCUUGGGCAAAUAUUAAGCCGUUUUUAAUGUUAGAAGAAGGUAUGUUCAAGCUGAGUGAUCGUAAAGAUGAAGGAGAAGAAGAAGAAACUCAAGAACACAUAGAAGAACCAUUAGAACUUGAGAAAGAGGAAGAUGAUGGUAGCGAAGGAGAAGAGGCUGUAGCAGAUGAACAAGAAAAGAUUGAGGAAUCUGCAGUUCAAUACGACGAGGAAACUCAAGCCAUUAUUGACGAAGCUACGAGUGCUCGAGAAAAUUUUCAAUCAGCGGAAAGGUCUGUGAACGAAUUGCUGUCGGAAAUCAGGAAACUCGAAGAAAUGUUGGAACGUGAUUACGGCGUUGACGAGGAAUUUGCGUCUCUAGAUGCAGAGUGUUACGAAUACACAGAUUUGGAAUAUGUUUACACUCUCUGCAUGUUUGCAAAAGUUUUACAGAAAUCCAAGUCCGGUGGCAGCGAUAUCAUUCUAGGUCAUUGGAACGAGUGGGUUGAACCUGAGCACCAGAAGUAUUCAAAGAUGAAGUACGACAGAGGUCUGACCUGUUGGAACGGUCCAGCGCGUUCCACCGUGGUCAGUCUAAGUUGUGGCAAAGAAAAUAGACUUCUUUCGGUAACCGAACCCAUGCGUUGCGAAUAUGCGAUGGAAUUUUCCACACCAGCUUUGUGUAACCCUAGUGUGGAGAUCGCCGACACACACGACGAAUUAUAAAUCUGGUGUCACGAUAAACCUGUGCGUGCAAACGCGAGAUACACGAUGCAAACGUGUAUCUCCAAAGCGAACAACGUAAACAUUGCAAGGAUAUAU